AUGGAAAUUGUGCCUAAUUCUCCAACAGUCACCACGUCCACAGUAUCAAAGGACCGGCCAGAGGUUCAGCAGCCGGACAGCAUCGCGCUAGCAGCUGCAACCAGCAAUCUCUUCUUUCUUUCCCCAAUUUCUAAGUUAGCAACUGGCCCGCCCAUAGUUUUCUUUGAAGCUCCGCCACUGGUCAGAAUCGUGGUUGGGAGCGUGGGCAAUCUCGCUGUUCAAGAGACCAAAUUCUUAUGCGGAGUCAACCUUGAAGUGGGGUUCCUGAAAGAUGAGCUGAUGCGGCUGCAAGCCUACCUGAGAGAUGCCGACAGCAAAAGGAGAUCAGGAAAUGAAAGAGUUUCUGUUUUAGUGAGCCAGAUUAGAGCUGCAGCGUACGAGGCUCAGAAUGUCAUUGAAGCUGCAGAUUACAUGGAUAAAAGAAACAGGCUGAAGAUGGGAUUCAUGGGCGCCAUUUCAAGGUAUGCUCGCUUACCAAGUGACUUGGCGACCCUUCAAAAAGUUGGUGCUGAAAUCCAACACGUGAGAAGGAAGCUCAAUGAGAUAUUUCAAAGUGCGGAUCGUCUGAAAAUUGAUUUGGAUAAUAUUGUUGUAGUUGAAAAUGAGUUCCCACAAGAUUGCAAUCAGUUUCACCCGAGUUUUGAUGAUGAUCUUGUCCUAGUUGGUUUUGAGGAUGAGCAUGAAGAAGUAGUAGAUAAAUUAGUUGAUAAUGAGAAGAUGCUAAGUGUUGUCUCCGUGGUUUCCAUGGGUGGGGCAGGGAAAACAACGCUGGCUAAAAAAGUCUACACAUCAUCUAGAGUCAAACAACACUUUGAAGUAGUUGCAUGGGUGACCGUGUCUCAGACAUUCAAGGGCAUUGAUUUACUCAAGGAUAUCAUGAAACAAAUAACAGGGGGCACAUAUGAUUCAACGAAUCUCAUGCAGGAGUUUGAUGUCGGAAAGAAGAUUAGGGAUUUUUUGUUUACAAAGAGAUACUUAGUAGUUCUCGAUGAUGUGUGGGAAGCAGACACAUGGGACCAAUUAAAUAGAACAGUUGAAGCCUUUCCAAAUGAAGAUAACGGAGUUACUAGAAGAAGCAUGGCACAUGAAUGGAUUGAGGAAAUAAGGGUUCAUGAUAUUUUACAUGAGUGGUGCAUAGGAGAGGCAAGACAAGAUAGUUUUCUUGAAGUCCUCCACGAAAUUUCAGGACAAGUCAGUGGACAGUCAACUGAUAUGAUGAUACCAUAUCGUUUUUCUUAUCAAGUAUUGGAUGGUCAUAUUUUGCAGGCAGCACCUAAUCUCCGAGCUCUGAUUGGCUUUCAACUUCGAUCAAUAUCUCUCCUUAAACUCAGAUUUCUCCGAGUUCUUCACAUCGAAAGAUCAAGGGUAGGGGAUUUCACUAGUGCAAUUGGUGGGUGUAUUAACCUAAGAUUUUAUCGAAAAAAAAGAUGUGAAGAUGUUACUCUCCCUUCCUCAGUCGGACAACUCCUUUACUUGCAAACUAUUGAUAUGACUGGCACACACUCAGUAAUACCAAAAUCUUUGUGGGAUAUCCCUUCUCUAAGGCAUGUUUGCCUUUCUAAUGGAUUUUCUCCACCAAAGCGUCUUCAACAAAAGGAGCUCCAGACAUUCCAAUUAGAACUUGGAUCUUCUAACAGUAAAUGCUACAAUCUUAACAUGGUGAAGUUUUUGAGCCAAAUGAAUCAACUAACAACCUUGUCGUUGAGGUCGAAAAAAUAUCAACAUAUGCUUGUUGAAAUCAUGACUUUUGAGAAACCUCCCCGAGGGGUUGUUGACCUUCCAUCUCUCAGUAAGGUGGAAGUAGACAGUUCUUAUGCUGGAGACGAAAGGGUGUUGAAGGAGCUGCAGCAGAAAGGAUGCAAGGUGAUAAAAAGAAGUCUUUAG